GAGUUGGAAAUGCAAGACAAAAUGGCGGCGCCGAAGGUUACAGAUACGAGAACAGAAUUAGCCGAACUAAUCAAGAAAAGAGCAGAGAUCGCUGUAAGUUUUUAUCAAAUCGUCAUUUUUUUUAUAAAAGUUGAAUCGAAGGGGUUAAUUUGGGAGUAUGGUCAUCGUUUUUUACUAUGAUUUUUACGAAAAUUGUUGCGUGUAUUUUGAUGACGUCAGCCAAACAGGGCGCCAAAAUCAACCCCUUUCAUGGUUAAUUAGUGGUCAAACGUACCCUCUAGUUAUUAGUUGUUAGUUAUUAUUUAACGUGAAAAAGCAGUGGUUUUCCUUUAAGGAAUAUUUCAAUACAAUUCUGUGGUCCAAUGUUAUAUUGCAUUUUUGGCCAGUAUGGAGGAGAUUUGCAAUCUUGAUCAGUACAGAUUGGGGUCUUUUGUGGACUCCUCCUCAAAGGAGAAACCUGAAUAAAAUUUUCUGAAUAUAAUUAAGGAAGAACAUGACUCAUUGCCCCAAAAUAAGUUGCAUGCAUGGUGCAUGUGAGUCGCCAAAGAUAUAAACAGAAGACAGUAUAACUAGGAUCAAGAUAAUUUUGGUUUUAUCAACUGAGUUGGUAAUCUAAAUUGGCCACAGUAAAGAGUUUUAAAGCUGAUGUGUUAGAACAUUAGCCCUUCAUCAGUGCUAUUAAUGAGGGAUAACGCACGAAACGUCAUCUUUGAAACUCCUUACUGUGGCCAAUUUAUGUUAUCAACUCAGGUGAUAAAACCAAAAUUAUGUUGUUACACUCCCCCACCAACACAGUACCACAGUUUCUUUUGAAACUUACCCACUUUAUAGUUAGAUCAGUUUUACUGUGCAUGCUAAUGCCCCUGUUUCCUUUGCAUCAUGCAUAAUGGGAUGUUGAUAUCUCCUUUAUAAAUUGUGUCUCUGUGUGUUUUGUUUCACCUGAAGACUGCUGUUGUUUGCCCAACAGAAAGUUUUGACUGAAUAUCAUUCCAAAAUGCUAAGCUCAGUCUAUAUCACAUCAAUUACCUAGUUGAUUCUCAAUGAGGAGUUGAUUAAAUUACUGAAGAAACUUUUGAAAAGCUUAUUUUCCAUACUGUUUUCAGUGUCUAUUUGCACCAUGUGUACAUUCAAAUCAAAUUCUGGUGUGAAAGAUGAUUUGCUUUGGGAUGUAAAUAAUGGGUUAUAUAUAAAGUGCCUGGGUCAGUCUUGUUUAAUUCACAUUGUCAAAUAAACAAUUGAUCGCUAAUCUGAUCCACACAACAUGACAAAGGUGAAGGAACAUUGGUAGAAAUAUUAUGUCACAUUUAUCAUCUUUUAUGUUGUUCCCUUGUCAUUUUGUUACACAUGUGAAUCAGGUUGUAUUGACUUAACAUAUGAUUCAUAAUAAAUAGUUUUUCUAUUAUAUUUACAGCAAGAAAUCCAUUUGGAUUCCCCUGGUACAAUGUAAAAUAUGGAAUGUAAAUGCUGGAUUCUCCUUUCUCCUUAUACAUACAGGGAAAUUAAUAAAGACUGACUGUCUAUUCAUGCCAUAAUUUUUUUUCAGGAAAGCCUAGCCAAUCUAGAGCGCCAGAUAUAUGCAUUUGAAGGAAGUUAUUUAGAAGACACACAGCUGUAUGGGAACAUAAUCAGGGGAUGGGACAGACUUUUGACUAAUAAGUAAGUUAAGUGAACUUUUUCCUCAUUAGCUUGAAGUUCUAUGUAAUCAGUUAAAGUUGCUUAAAGCAAUUUAUAAAGUACAUAUAGAUCAGCACACUGAUGGUUAACCACAUUUUUCUUUCCAACAAUUUGCCUGAAGGACUUGUGUGAUGUGUGUGUAGUUGUUUGGAUUUGACCUGAUCAAUGUUUGUGGGGUUUUUUUUUCUUUAAUUUGUAGAACAACCAAUACAAAAGUUGAAAGAAGAAACAGAAAAUUUAAAGAUGCUGAACGGCUCUUCUCCAAAUCAUCCAUAACAUCUCAUGCAGUAAGCUUGCUAUUAAUAUUUUACAGCUUCUUUUAGAGUUAUUUUUUUGUCUUUGUUUAUGAUGUAUGAUGUGAUGCUUUUGCACUUAAAUUUUGAUAUUAUGUUGAUCAGUUACACGGGAACUCAAAUUGAAAAACCUGCUGGAAGAAGCACUAAAAGUAAACCAAAAUGCUUGAAAUUUUCCCUUUUGUUGAUAAAUCUAAUCUCCCCAACUAGCUUGUUGGAUUAUAACAAAUCAAAUUCAAUCACAAAAAAAAUCAAAACCAUCCAUUCUGUGCAUGUGCAUCUCCAUCUGGGGUAUGGUCAUUACCUUCCUCAGCAUCAUCUUCUUUGAUCUACUUGCAAACUUUUAUUUUGUGAUGAAAUAUUUGCACUAGAGCUCAAUCAUAAACAGGGUAAAUUUUAUUAUACAGAGUUAAAUUGAAGGGAUCAGUGUUACCAUACUGUGAAACUCAUGAUUAUUUUCCAAAUUAGACAUGCUCACAAGUCAAAACAAAUAUGAUAUAAUAAUAUGUACAAAAGAUUUUAGUGAUGAAACACCUCCAGUUCUAAACAUGCUGCACAGUUGUCUCAUUACUUAUUCACAAAAAUUGGGAUGGGGAGGAAGCACUCAUUGGAGAUUAGUUACUUUUUUAAAAAAUUUUGACCAAAAGGAGAGGUGUUAAUCUACUGAAGGCACUUAUUUGAGGGGAGUUGGUUAGUUAAAUUAAAUAUCAUGAUGUUUCACCUCUUGUCAUCAACUUCUAAAUGAAGUUAGUAGUUUUACAUACAUGUAUGUCAGGAGUAUGAAAUAUUAUGGUAAAAUUUCAAUUAGUAACUUCUGUGUUUUCUUGUUAGGCCAUAGCAGCUGGUGGUGGCCUUGCUGAACCACUCCCUGAAAAAAGUAAGUUUAAUAGUUGUGCUAAAUAUUUUGUUUAUCAUUGAAGAUUAUAAGAAGCUUAAAGGGAAAAAAAGAGAUUUAUCCAAGCAAAUCUGGUUGUAUAACAUGAUUAAUUUUUAGCUUUGUUGUUAAUCAGAUGACAUGCAUGUUCAACAUCUUGUUAUGGCAUAUACCAAUAAAACUAAUAUUCAAAGACUUUGGAUAUUUAUUAUUUUGUUGUAGAGGAACCAUCUUCCCAUUCAGACCAAAUUCAUCUUCAGCACAGUCACAUUGGACGUGUCCACAAAGGUAAAAUGCAUCUGCCAUGCUACUGUGCAUCUCAUUAUUUGUGCGAUUUUUUUAUUGUAGAUAAUUUUUCUCCUAGCAAAUAGUAUGACUACAAAAGAAUUGGAAAAAGAAAUAUUCCCAGUUACAGGGUACUAUUACGUUGAUAAGUGAACGUGUAAUGGUUUGUCUCACAAUAUAAGAGUCAGGCUAAUCAAUCCUGUAUUGACUGUGAUGUUUCAACAGCUAUACUGCUAGUCUUUUUUAGGUGAUGAGGUGGAAAGUUUAAAUGUCGCUAUUUAUAGCACCUUAGUUUGUUGCUAUUGGGCUUGUUGCUUUUGGGCUCAAUGCUAUUGGUUUGUUUUGGCACACUGUCCUUGGUGCAUUUUGAUCGGACUAUUAGAUGUUGUUCCCUAAUAGGUUUGCUUUGUUUCUGAGUGGCUGUUUACUAUUGUGUUGUUUGGUAACAAAAGUCCACUGACCUUUUUAUUUUUGGAUUUUGAGUAUUAACCCUGAUUGUUUUUUUUAGAAAAUUUAGUAAUAGCAUUCUACUUUAUCUUAGUUUACAACUUUGGAUGAAAACAAUCAGUUCUCCUUAAAGAUAAAGACUCAUUUUCCAACAUUCUAUAUUAAUGUGGAAUCAUUUCUUACUCUUUCAUUUAAGGCUCCCACAAAAAGAGAAAGCACAAAAGACACAGGUAAUAUUUAUUGUUGAGUUACUCAGAGCCAAUUGGCUGUUCAGAAAAAUUCCAAGUUACAAGGGAAGUUGAAUCUGACUGGAGUGAGCCUGAUAGCACUUUGAAAAACUCAAUUUUAACUUAGUAAUGUGCAUGGUAAUGAAGUUGAGGCACACGUAAAUAGCAGAAUCAGAUUUCAUGUUAAAACUGAGAAGGUACACUAAUGACAUUAGAUGUGAUGAGCUCUGAAACCUUUGACAAUGACUUUGCUCCAAGUUAAAGUAAAAAUCACUUUUUUCAAUUUUUAUCUUUAUUUGAUUUGACUUUUUCCUAUUGUUUUUUCCAGGAUUGAGUUAAGAGUGAAAAAAGCUGGCCAUAGGUCAAGAGAACCAAGCUUUGGAGAGGUAUUAGAACUUAAUAAUAGACAGAGGGGUAUCUUAUAAUGAAGUAUAUGUAGGCAGUUGUUACCAAAAAAUAGAUGGUGGUGUUUGUCAAGUUUGUAAGUUAUUUGUAUUGUCUUGUCUGUCACCUUUUGAGUUGAUCACUGAAGAAGCUGUGGAAAACUUGUGAAUUAAAACCAGCAAAGGUUGACAAGGAGAAUUUGUUUCACAAUCAAGAGCUGCUUUAGUUGGUGAUCAUCUCCUUUAUUCUCGUGACUUUCAUGUUUGACUCAGGGGUGAUACAGUAAGGAGAAAUUAGAUGCUAGUCACUCCUAGGGCUUAAAGGGUUAAGGAAAAUUUUUAACCCCUGAGUCCCCCACCCUUAAAAUUUCUAAGUUGUAGGUAUGUUCACUGGCUUACCUGAAAGCAAUGUGGAACCAUUCUAUUUAUUUAAAUUGUGAUGUUCUUUUCUAUUUUGUGUUUCGUAGGAUGAACAUGAAGAUUAAAAGAUCCUCCACAAUUAUUUGUGCAUCAGAAUUAAAUUUUUUGGCAAGAAAUUUUCUUGCACGUGAGAAAGAUGUUGUAGAGGAGAGAAUAUGGGUAUCUGUGAUAGGAUAAAUUAUGAAAGAUGGAGAACAUGUCACUGAAGCCAAAUGCAGUGUUUAAAUUUUUCCUUUUUUACUAUGCUGACUGAUAUACAUUCAUAUGUUACAUAGAUUUUUUCCUAACGGUAUAACUUACUAAUUAGUAUCAUGAGAUGAAAAUACCCCCAUUAAGAUUUUGUUUUUAGAAACAAAUAAGUAAACAAAUUCUUCAAUAUAGUGUUACUAGUGUUAUUACUGUCUAUCCUCUAGCUACAGAAAGAGUAAGACUGGUUACUUUACCUCAUUAUAUUUCGCAUAUCUUUAGAUUUCGAUUUCCUCAUAUGUUUUGAGAAUCUGUUUUUUUUCUAGCCUCGCUAAAUGGCAAAAUAUUGGUAUACACAUUUCUUUACCAUAUCUUUUCAACUGUAUCAUAUUGCAACAUUGUAUAUAAGUGUAAGUCUUUUGAUCAUAAAGAGUAAUUAUUCCAGCUGUUUCUUUCAGUUUCAGUGGCGUUUGAUUUAAGUUAAUAGUCAUAGUGCUUGCAUAAUAUAUAUAUAACAAAUAAAGCAAGCUAC